GGGCCGGGCGGUGGGCGGCGGGCGGCGGGCGGUGGGCGCUGCGUGCGGCGGGGCCGCUCGGAGCCGGGCGGUGGCGGUGGAGGUGGCGGUGGCGCUGGGGCUGCCCGCGGCCAUCGCGCUGCCUGAGGCGGCGGCUCCGCCGCUCGGGCCGGGCGGCGGGGCCGCGGGCGGGAUUGGCUGCGCGGCCGCCGGGCCCCAGAAUGCAGCGCAUGGCGCGUCAUUGAACGGAGACCAUGAUGAUGGCGGCGGCGGCGGCGGCAGCGGGGGGGGCCCCCGAGGUGAUCGCCCAGCUGGAGAACGCGGCCAAAGUGCUGAUGGCACCACCUUCCAUGGUCAAUAAUGAACAACGCCAACAUGCCGAGCACAUAUUCUUAUCGUUUAGGAAAUCAAAAUCACCAUUUGCUGUUUGCAAACAUAUUUUGGAAACUAGUAAAGUGGAUUAUGUUCUUUUUCAAGCUGCUACAGCGAUAAUGGAAGCAGUUGUAAGAGAAUGGAUUCUGUUGGAAAAAACUAGCAUCGAAUCGUUGCGAACAUUCCUUCUAACUUAUGUCUUACAAAGGCCUAACCUUCAAAAGUACGUUCGGGAGCAGAUUCUAUUAGCAGUAGCGGUGAUAGUGAAACGGGGAUCAUUAGACAAAUCUAUCGACUGCAAAAGCAUUUUUCAUGAAGUCAGCCAAUUGAUCAGCAGCGGUAACCCCACUGUGCAAACUUUGGCCUGUUCCAUUUUAACGGCAUUGUUGAGCGAAUUCUCAAGUUCAAGUAAAACCAGCAACAUUGGACUAAGCAUGGAGUUCCACGGUAACUGUAAACGUAUAUUUCAGGAGGAUGAUCUGAGGCAGAUCUUCAUGCUCACAGUAGAGGUACUUCAGGAAUUCAGCAGACGUGAAAACCUCAAUGCUCAGAUGUCUUCAGUGUUUCAGCGUUAUCUUGCACUAGCCAAUCAGGUCUUAAGCUGGAACUUCCUUCCUCCAAAUUUGGGCAGACAUUAUAUAGCUAUGUUUGAAUCCUCACAAAAUGUGAUGCUAAAGCCAACAGAAUCCUGGCGUGAGACCCUCCUGGACAGCAGAGUUAUGGAGCUUUUCUUUACAGUGCAUCGAAAAAUCAGAGAAGAUACAGAUAUGGCCCAAGAUUCAUUACAGUGUCUGGCACAGCUGGCGUCUUUGCAUGGGUCAGUCUUUCCUGACGAAGGUUCACAAGUUGAUUACCUGGCACACUUCAUUGAGGGAUUACUGAAUACUAUCAAUGGAAUUGAAAUAGAAGACUCUGAAGCAGUGGGAAUUUCCAGUAUUAUCAGCAACCUGAUAACCGUAUUUCCUCGAAAUAUUUUAACUGCCAUUCCGAAUGAACUUUUCUCUUCAUUUGUUAACUGCCUCGCACAUCUCACUUGUUCUUUUGGAAGAAGUGCUGCCUUGGAAGAAGUGCUUGACAAAGAUGACAUGGUAUAUAUGGAAGCAUAUGAUAAGUUGCUGGAAUCUUGGCUUACUUUGGUACAAGAUGACAAACAUUUCCAUAAAGGUUUCUUUACCCAACAUGCUGUUCAGGUCUUUAAUUCUUACAUUCAGUGCCAUCUAGCUGCUCCCGAUGGUACAAGGAAUUUGACUGCCAAUGGUGUGGCCUCUCGGGAAGAAGAGGAAAUAAGUGAACUGCAGGAAGACGACAGAGACCAGUUCUGUGACCAGCUGGCCAGCGUAGGCAUGCUGGGAAGAAUUGCUGCAGAACACUGUAUACCUCUUCUUACAAGUUUAUUAGAAGACCGAGUUACAAGGCUCCAUGGUCAGUUGCAAAGACAUCAGCAGCAGUUACUUGCCUCACCAGCAUCAGCCUCAAUUGACAAUAAAGUGCUUGAUGACCUGUAUGAGGAUAUUCAUUGGCUUAUUUUAGUCACAGGCUACCUCUUGGCUAAUGAUACUCAGGGAGAGACUCCGCUAAUACCUCCAGAAGUAAUGGAAUACUCCAUUAAACAUUCAGCUGAGGUUGACAUCAACACAACGCUUCAAAUUCUGGGAUCUCCAGGAGAAAAGGCCUCUUCCAUCCCAGGGUACAACAGAACUGAUUCUGUAAUUAGGUUGUUAUCGGCUAUUUUAAGAGUGUCAGAAGUAGAAUCUCGAGCAAUAAGGGCAAAUCUCACGCACCUUCUGAGCCCACAGAUGGGCAAAGAUAUUGUAUGGUUCCUCAAGCGUUGGGCAAAGACUUACCUCCUGGUGGAUGAAAAGCUGUAUGAUCAGAUAAGUCUGCCAUUUAGUACAGCAUUUGGUGCUGAUACUGAGGGUUCCCAGUGGAUUGUGGGUUACCUUUUAGAAAAAGUGAUCAGUAACCUGGCAGUGUGGAGUUCAGAGCAGGACCUUGCAAAUGAUACUGUACAACUGCUAGUAACAUUAGUGGAAAGGAGAGAGCGGGCAAACUUAGUUAUUCAAUGUGAAAACUGGUGGAAUUUAGCUAAACAAUUUGCAAGGCGAAGCCCUCCCCUUCACUAUUUGUCCAGUUCUGUGCAGAGAACACUAAUGAAAGCUUUAGUUUUAGGAGGUUUUGCUCAUAUGGAUACAGAAACAAAACAACAAUACUGGACAGAGGUUCUUCAGCCACUUCAGCAGCGAUUCCUGAAUGUGAUAAACCAAGAAAACUUUCAGCAGAUCUGCCAAGAGGAGGAAGUGAAACAGGAGAUCACUGCUACGUUGGAAGCACUCUGUGGCAUUGCUGAGGCUACCCAGAUUGAUAAUGUAGCAAUUCUCUUUAAUUUCCUAAUGGACUUCCUUAAUAAUUGCAUUGGAUUAAUGGAAGUAUACAAAAACACACCAGAGACUGUUAAUCUCAUAAUAGAAGUCUUUGUUGAAGUUGCACAUAAACAAAUUUGCUAUCUUGGAGAGGCCAAAGCCAUGAACUUGUAUGAGGCCUGCCUAACUCUGCUCCAGGUGUAUUCCAAGAAUAAUCUAGGUCGGCAACGGAUAGAUGUUACAGCAGAAGAAGAUCAGUACCAGGAUCUUCUCCUUAUAAUGGAGCUUCUCACUAAUCUUCUAUCAAAAGAAUUCAUAGAUUUCAGUGAUACAGAUGAAGUAUUUAGAGGACAUGAACCUGGACAAGCCACAAAUAGAUCUGUAUCGGCAGCAGAUGUUGUCUUAUAUGGGGUUAAUCUAGUUCUGCCUCUAAUGUCCCAGGAUCUGCUGAAGUUUCCAUCCCUGUGUAAUCAAUAUUACAAAUUAAUCACUUUCAUCUGUGAGAUAUUCCCUGAGAAAAUUCCACAACUUCCAGAGGACCUCUUUAAGAGCCUGAUGUACUCACUGGAGUUAGGAAUGUCAUCAAUGAGUUCUGAGGUUUGCCAGCUCUGUCUGGAGGCUGUAACACCAUUAGCAGAACAGUGUGCAAAAGCACAAGAAACAGAUUCAGCUCUCUUUCUAGCAACACGGCACUUUCUUAAGAUGGUCUUUGAUAUGCUGGUACUUCAGAAGCACAAUACAGAAAUGACAACUGCAGCAGGUGAAGCGUUCUACACAUUAGUGUGCUUGCAUCAGGCUGAAUAUUCAGAGCUAGUUGAAACAUUGCUAUCAACUCAGCAAGAUCCGGUAAUUUACCAGCGAUUAGCAGAUGCCUUCAACAAGCUUACUGCAAGCAGCACUCCUCCUACACUGGACCGUAAGCAGAAGAUGGCCUUCUUAAAGAGUUUAGAAGAAUUUAUGGCAAAUGUUGGUGGACUUCUCUGUGUAAAAUAAACAACAAAACUCUAUGCCUAAUUUAGACCCUUUCUGCAAAAUGCACUGAGAAAUGCUGAAUGCUGACUAAAUCUUGUACCUGUCUCUGGGUUCUUUGCAGCCAUCUCAGAUUCUAGAGAGCCUGGAAGUUAGAACAUAACACAGUGGAAUAGGAGAGGUCAACUUUGAAUCAGCUUCUGCUAUUAUGUGUUAGCUGCAAUCUGUCAUCCUUGUGUGUGGGAGAGAAUGAACAGAAAAUUUGAAUUGAAAUUUUUUCCAUAUAUGUGCAAACAGAUAUGGGCACAAUGAAAAAUAAAUUCAGUGCCUUUUCCCCCCCACUGGUUUAAAAUGAGUGGCCAGAUAAACGUGCAGAUUUUUUUUCUACCCAGUCUCAUGUUAAGAGUUUUAUGCAGAUGCAUAAAAAGUUCUGAACAGUUUCGCUGAUUUUAAGCUUUAUUUUUUCCUCUCUAAAGUUUGAGUUUUGUGUUCCAAUGGGGAAGAAAUUAACCAAAUGGUAUUUUAACUCGUGUUUAGUUUUGUUUUUCUAUAUCAACCUGACAUUGCAUGUUUUUGUAAUGCAGGUUUUUACAUUACGUUCUGCUGCCUAAAGUUCAGAAGAAAGAAGGUGUAUAUUUUUGUUCCCCUAGAAACGAACUUUAGGAACUGUAGCCAUUUCAUUGCCUUAAUUUAAAAGAGAAAAAAGAAGUUCAUAUACUUAAGAAAUUUAAGGCAAGUUUUGACUCGUCAGCGUUGGUUUAGGAUGUUGGCAUUAAGCUGCUGUGUGCCUGUUGCAGCCCUUCCUGUUGACACGUGUCAUUUUGGAAUCGAGUGUCGAACGCAAGGUUCAUGUGUAGUUUUACUUUCAGUAUCUGUUUUGAAUCAUAUCCAGGUUGCACGCAACUGCAAUGUAUUUCUACACUGAACUGUUUGCUUAAGCAAUAACAACUCAAAAGGUGUAAAUUCCUGACUUGCAAUCAUUUUAAAGUUGGGGCAUUAGCUAAAACAAUUAUGCCAGAACAGGGGCAUCAAACCCUUUCACUCAAGGGCCACGCUUACUUGACUACAAUUGAGAAAGGUAACUGGGAUGUGUAGUGCUAUGGGGGAGGUUGUUUUUUUUUUGCUGAAUCUAGCUCCACUUCUGCAGAGCCAUCCCAGCUGCUCUGCUCUUGCUCAUCCUUUUUAUAUCAGCACUUUAGCUAUUACAACAGCAGAGAACAGUGCCCUGAGUAUAGUGGACCAACAAGGGAGAGUAGCACACGAACACAAAAGCAAGGCCUAUUUCAUCUCCCGUCGUGCACCAGAGGGAACUGAAGCAAACGCAAAUGUUGCAUGUCUACUAAAACAUCUGUUGUGGAAAUACAUGGAGGCAGAAGUUGGCCCUUUUGUUGAAGAACUCUGUUAGAUUAUGCUGUUGAAUGUUUCCCAUGUGUUUUUUAAAGUUAUAUAAAAUGUACAGUAUACACCUUUACGUGGCUCUGUAUAGCAUCAUUUUUGCAACUCUGUGCCAUUCUGCAGCUGUUCAUCUCAGAAUUAGUCACAAUAGCCAGAAUUUUAAAAAGACAGAUCUGUAAUACUGUGCUAUAAGUGACCUAAGUUUUUUUUAUUUCUCAGUUAAACCCAUACCUCUCUGAAGCAUGGAUCCACAAGGCUAAAAAAGCCACCUCUUCAUUAUACUUCUCUCUUAAUUUAUGUGAAUGAGCAGAUUUACACAUUAAAAAGUGACUACAAAACUUGUUAGGUAAUGUACCUUCCCAACUAGUAUUUUAUUUCUAAGGUAAUUUGCAUCGUUUUUUAGAACAGGAGUAUUGCACUGUUUUUUUAAUUUUUUUUUUUUCUUGAAUCUCUAGUGCAUUUCUUCAAAACAUCUCUCGCCUGUGCACUUGCAGAAAUUAUAACGGUCCCAGCAGAUCGAUCUCUUUUAACAUGUGUAGAUCUUUGCUAUUUUUCCGAAACUGCUUCUGGAGUUUCUCUGGGCUCGUACAUUACAUUGGGCAGCAGUUGUGAAACUUUCGUUUGUUUUGUGGUUUGUGUUGUUGUUUUUAAAUGAAGGGCAGUAAAGCCUGGGAACAGAAGUGGCUGUAAGAGCUGCUGGUUUGUCAUGAUGUAGACUGUAUCUAGCCCAGAGUCUUCAAAGAGAUCAUGGCAAAUACCUUCAACUUCUUUGGAUCUGACUGAAUAACUUGUAAGUCCAGUCAUCACUUCCUCUACCGCUAGCUCUGCCACUAUCACUUUUUUCAUCCUAAAGCUGGCUCAAUAUUUUAAAUAUUUAUGAACUUUAAAAUUUUGAAAUUCUCUUGAGGAUUGUAACUGGUAAGUGGGAGUACAAAUUGAGGUGGUAUUCAGAACCAAGCAAUGUGCAUACCCAUUACUCCUCUAAUCAGGCCUAUUGCAGUGUACCAAGCACUGACACACUGUGUGAAUGUUACUUUCAAAGACAAGUUUUGAAGAUUGUUUAAAACUUCCUUUUGCCCUUCAAUUUAAAAUCAAUGCUAUUUUAACGGGAAACUGUCCUAGUAGGGGGUUUGUGUAAUUUUUCUGCUUAAUGCUGUGCUAAACAACACUCUUUCUUGGUUUUAAUUCCUUUCUUCUGUUCUUGUGUGUUCAACGUGGAUCUUUCCUUGCCAUUUUAUGUUUCUUUCACAGCAAAUGCAAAGAUGUCUCUUGCAUUGGUGACAUCCAAGAAAUUGUUGAAAAGAUUCCUGGGAAUAAGUUCUCCUAAUUCAUACUCCUGCUGGCUAGGUGGCUGCUUCUACCUAAUCUUUUGGUUUAUAUAUCCCUUCCAAAUCCAAAACAAACAAAAACUCCCCAAAACAAAUCUCUGUUGAUCUUCUGCAUGUUCAGUUGCUGUAAAUCUAGAUGGAAAAGCUCAUUCAAGUCCACAGGAAAGGCACAGACCAUUUUCAGUAGACCCCGAGAGCUGACUUCAAAUAACUGUUCUGAAAUGUUGGUAGCAUCACUGCAUUGAUUUUUCCAUUCACUGUGCAAAGUGAAUAAUGGUUUCAAAAAGGCACCUGUUUCUUGAAAGGAAAGAAAAAGCAAUUUGAACAGAAUUAUAAAUGCUGCAUGAUGGAAUUGUAACAAAUAUUAUUUAUCUAGCCACAACGUUCUUUUUGCUAAAGCAAAUCAUUGCUCCAGUGUUUUCAUUCUGACAGUAGAAAGCAAGUAGCUUCUUUCCCAUUUCUCCAGCCCCUUCCCCCACCAUAAGAACUGUUUCCAAUGCUGGUGUAAUAAUUUUCUGUUGUUCAGCCUUUAAAUUUUGUUGCUGGCUAGCAUGACCAUUCAGUUGGUUCAUGAAAUUCAAGACUUCGAAAGCACAGAUACACGUGGGCAGGGAGAAGUGGACUGCAUUAACCUUCCACUUUCACGUGCGUUAUGCCUUAACUACCUUCGCUGAGUUAUCACAUGGAUCUGCCACAUCUUAGUGCCCAGAAGUUUGCGUUUCACUGUUCAGUGUUAAAGGGCUCACUGUUUUCCUCAGGAACGAGAAACUUGUUUUCUCAGCAUGUCCAAAUCCUGCAAGUUGAAAGAGAGGGGUUUGAAUCGCAGUCACCUCGUGGUUAGUGCGUAGCACUUGCUAAAGCCCCAGUGUUUACUUGGGUAGAUCCCUUCGUAUUUAAGCCAUGUAGUUCUAGAAAAUAAGCUUGCUCAGAACAGUCAGUUGUCCAUUUAAAAUGUAAUCCUUUAGGAGGUGAUGUAAAUUCUAAUUUGUGACCUGUAAAAACUAUUCAGAGACACAAGUGCAGCAUUUCUUUUAUAAAACACUUCAAGUAAUUUCAGUUGAAUAAUUACAUAAGAAGGGGUGUUCUUUAUGGAAGUAGCUUGAUGAAUAUAAGCGCAGGAAGUAGGAGCCAGGCUCCUCUAAUUUUGUAUCAGUUUUUCCACGGGGUCCUCCGUGGUCCUUGGCAAGUCGCUGAAUCCAUGUCUUUGUAAAAAUAGUGAUGAUACUUACCUACCUCACAGGGAUGUUGUGAGGAUUAGCUUAUGCCUAUAAAAUGCAUUGAGGAUCUGAAAUGCUCUGUAAAUAUUAAAUAUUUUACUGUUAGUUUUGUGAGGUGUAAGAUUUACUGUGAUGAAAACAGAAGAUUGAUAAUUAUAAAAUGGGAGAGGCAGCAGCAGGCCGGUAUUCCACGAGACUGGGAAUUACGGCGGUGCAGAAAUGUUCGCUGUGUGCUGCAGCUGCUUCAGUUACAGCCAGUUCAAGUGGUGGUUUCUUCUUCAAUGAGAUGUGAUUCCCCACCAUGGUGCCUCAGUUGUGGUCUAAAUAGAAAGAGGACAGGUGUUAGGUAUUCAGGCUUCGGUGCCUCUACUUGUGACAAGUGCUGCUUGUGGUGGUAGGUUUUUUGUUUUCUUUUUUUGCCUUUUUUUCUUUUCUUUUAGGCUUUUCUGCAAUGAACAAACACCUCUCAUUUCUCCCAUGCCUCUGCUAGUCACUCAAGUUCUGCUCAAUACAACUAAAGCCUAGUGGCAUCAAUUGAGAUAUAAAGAGCCGGCCCCCCCAAAAACCUUUACAUUUGUUUUUAGUCCUCCUUGUGGUAAAUGAGAUUAAUGCUUCCUAGCACUAAUCAUGAAGCAAACUCUGUGAUUUGAUCUAGAGCCUUAAGCUCUCACCUGUCUUAAAAAUAAAUGUAGAGGAAAAAAAAAAUGAGAUUUAUUGGUGCCCUAGGAACUGAGAAACAAGGUGUUUCUGGCCUUCUGUUCUCCUCAGUGAGUUAAAGCAGGUUCUGCUUUUCUGUUUCUUCCCUUUCCCUGUCCUGCCUUCCAUGCCCUUCUAAGCCAUUCUUAUAAAACAUUGGGAAAACCCUUCCCACCUCAAAUGAAAGAUACCACCCAUGCCAUUAUUUUCCUGUCUAUUACAGCUUGAUACUUGAAAUUGAUUUUAAGAAGCAAACAGACUUUCUAAUAGCAUUCCUCAGCACACUUCAGUCUCCCCUUGAGCUACCCUAGAUUUUAUAAGUAGGAAAAAUAAGAUUAUCCUCCUUUCCUUGUUCCCUUUGUGCAAAAUGAGGAACCUCCAUGCAGUGAACAUGCAGCUUUAAGGCAAUAAAUGCUAGUACUGCUGUCAGUCAAACGUGUAAAUAUUUUAAAUGUAUAAUUCAGUACUAUGUUGAGUUUAUAUAUUAAAAAAAAAAAAGAAAAAAAAGCAGGGAUUGAAGUGCUAGUUAAUUUCAAGUAUUGUUUUACCUGUACAGUUGAAGAUAUGAAGUUGCAUAGAAAUAUUUCACAGUUUAUUGCAAUAAAACUUGGGAAGUGGCUCUGUAAUCAAGCCUUAUCACAACUGAAUUUUCAAUUUUGAAAUGAACACUUUCUGUAUUUUUAAGAUCCAUAAGCAGGAGGAGGAUAAAAUUGUUUUCCACUAAAGACUUUUAUUUUGGUUUGGCCAUGUGUGAUUUGUGUGUAUUCUUGUUUAUAUUUUUCUAAAAUCCCACCUGUGAUGAGUCCCUGAAAUAGCAUUUGUUACGCCUCCUCAUGGUGGGAACAAACCCAGGAACGCUAUGAAGACUCAGGCUAAUGAUUGUGCUCUCUGGAUGUGUGAAUUAACAGUAAUUUGAUUUAAGUUGAUGGGGUGACUUUAGAUUUAUAUCAGCAUUUAAGGCACGAGUUUGCCCAUCAACAGAAAAAACGUGAUCAGGUGCGUGACAGGAGAAUCUCACGCGGGAGCACCAGAGUGAGCUACCAGAAAUGGCUGUGAAUAUAUAAGCAAAUUACUCUCAUUUCCAUCCCCCAAAAAAUAAAAACUAAAUCUGAUGGUGACUUUUCAGGUCACUGUUAUUGGGUGUUUGUGCCCCCAGAAACAACAGUGAUCUUGAUACUGGUCUUGAAUACUGGUCUUGAAUUCUGUGUGCAGAUUUAAUGUAAACAGUCUAUGAUUAGCGGGCACAGAAAUGUUCUCCAAGCUUGAAAUUGGGUCUCGUGUAAAUUACAUCCAACAGUAUCUCACUUGAUGUGUUUUGGGAAAGUUUGGUGAAAGGCAGCAGUUCCUAAUGUGCUAUAACGUAAUUACAUCUGGAAGAGCUACAGCUAUUUUGUUUUGUUCCCCUCUUACUUUCAUUCAUUCACAAGUUUAGAAACGAAACAAACAAAACACAAAUCCUGAAAGUAAAACUAUGCUACAGCUGUGGUGGUGACAGCUUGCUGUACACCUUGGCUCUGUGUCUCACUAAAAUUUUACUGGUUUCAAAAGUAAAAUUCAUGCAACAAAGUAUUUAUAUUGGCCUGGCUUUGUUCAGUGAAUGUUUUUGUGAAGGACGGAAACAUCUAAGGUAAUUUUGAGCAAAUCCCUGAAAACAGCUUGGCAAGAUUAAAAACAGCAGCGUAUCCAAGAGCCUUGCGUGUAGAAAAUUGAAGUACUUUACCUUAAAUAUGAGGUCUGGAAUAAACUUGAAUGAUUUGGAUACAAAACCCUUAUUCACACUUGUUUCUGUAAGUGUAUGCAAAACCCGUUAAUUUUGCCUUUAAGAAAUUUCCAUUUGCUUUAGUUGCAUGUGGCGAAGUUGGUGUUUGGGGGUUUUGGCAUUUGGGGUUUUUCCUUCACUGAUUGCCAUUUAUUAUAAGAAAAAAAAAAAAAAAAAA